UUCGGGCAUUCGUGAAAGAAGGCGACUAUGAGUCUUUCCUUGUCGCUCUUUCGAAACAGCUGAAAUCCGAUUUGCAUCAACUUGCAUACGAUUUCGAAUUUCGACCAGUGGUACCAGAUGACAGUUCGUUGCACCGUGUAGUGCUGUAAGGAAACUGUUCCUCCACUCACGUACGACCUGAUAAACAAAACCAGUGGUCAAUUAAACUACUGAAAUCGGUCUCACCACGAGGAGGUUGCUGUAAGUGAAGACCCGAAAGGAGAUAGUGGAAUCUAAAUUCACUGGUCCAGACUCGAAAUCAUAUGCUGGUUGACGCAAAAUGAAUUUCAGCUGCUUAGAGAGCGAGAAGGAAAGACUCACAUUUGCCUUCUUUCUCGAAUCCCCGAAACUGUCCGAAGCACCGGAGCUCACGUACACGUAGCUAUGCAUUAGUGUUCGCAAGUGGAGGGGCAGUUUCUUCUUGGCACCGAUUUGCUGUUUGGUAACACUGUCACUCAACCACUAAGAGGAGAAUGGGUCUCAGUGUUGCGUAGUAGGAAGAAAGGUUGUUUCAUUGGAGGCAGGGUUUGUUUUUUAAUCUUAUGAGAGGAAACGGUACGAUGACAAGUGACAUCGGUUCACAUUGGUACGUGCACUUUGCGGGCACGUCUGUGGAAAAUGUCAGGACUAAGUGUACGAGCUGUGAUAAUGAGUUGUGAUCCUAGUAGUUGCCCUCGUUUGAUAAAAGAGUCCUUGUUGGGCGCUUGUCCUUUUCCUGGUCGUUUACGUUGGUACUCGAUAACACUGGUCACACGACACGGUCAACCGUGGAAUGGCAGCAGCCUUAAAAAAGAAUCAUUCACGCAGAAGGUUGGCCGCCCUAACGUUUCUUUCGAACAUCUCUCUUGAUGGCAGCCACCGCGAUACCAAGUUAGCCGUUCUCUCGCGAAACGGUGCUGCUCAUGCUCGUACCCUCAGCGACAGUCAAACUCAUCAGGCUGAUGUUUGUCAAACUGAUCUGGACGUUUCCAGUGAGGAAGUUCUUGAUGACUGCACCGAAGAGCAUUUAAUACAUCCAUCUGCGAAGCAGACAUCUUCUCCACAAUUGGUGCCAAAGAGUGCAGAACAUAAUUCAUUUAGUUCAAAUUCUGAUGGGUUGUUGACUCCUGCAAAGGCAGCGGUGGCUGCUUUUCUUGAACAAGAAAGAAAUUAUCCACAACUCUCUACUGGAUUUCAUAGUUCAUUCAGAGAACGUACUGGCACUACUGGCAGUGAAUAUUCUUUACCCGAAAGGCGAGUGGGCUCUUUACAAUAUAAAAAGCGUAUAACUCAUCAAACGUCUACGCUUUCAGAGGAUAUAAAACAUCAGUAUAACAGUUCCAAUGAAAGCAUUGGUUCAUUACGUUCUAAACCACACUCCAUUAAAUCAAAAACAAAGACAUCAAACAAUGUGCAAUCUGGUUGUACAAACAGUGGCAUAAUAUCUGAAGUUACAAGAGAGUUGCGUUUAAUGCAACAUCCUGUAAAUGGCCACAAAUUUGGAGACGAUAGACUAGUUUUGGUUUCCAACAAGCAUGUGCCAUUCCUAGUAUUUUCUGCUCUUCCAUAUAAUAAAGGACAAAGGUCUAGUUGGUCUGAAUUACGCAAGGAUACUGGGCGGAGAAAAAACAUUGCUUCACAGCGACCACUGUCUGCAAUAAAUGAUAAUAUUGAUCCUUUUGGUUUGCUGGGUAUAGAGCGUGCUAAGGACGGCCAGGAAAUAUCUUACGGGCAAUUGCUUGUUCCAUCUAGGCAAUUUCAGAAGGACAAAAAAUUACAUUUUAGCGAUAACGAGGCAAUAGAACUUACACAUGUUAUACCUAACAAGCAUCCUAUGGUUUCAAGGACAAAAACUAUUACAUGGAAUGUGGAUCACUCUAAAUGGUGUUUGUCUUAUGAUACAGCUACGCAUCGUGCUCAACAUGUAACGCCUGAAUCUCCACCAUUAUCUUUUAGUGCUGAUUCAAAAGUUUAUGAUUGGGAUGAACAAUCACUGCAAUAUAAUCCCAAUUUACUAGAUGAUCCAGAACUCAUAGCUGGAAAGCAUAGAACGUUACUCACAUUUACAUCAUAUAUGGCAUCAGUUAUUGAUUAUGUACGGCCAUCCGAUUUGAAAAAAGAACUGAACGAUAAAUUUAAAGAAAAGUUUCCGCAUAUCCAACUCACUUUGAGUAAAUUAAGAAGUUUAAAACGAGAGAUGCGAAAAAUAGCAAAAACGGAAUAUGGUAUUGAUCUCCUAACUGUAGCAAUGGCUUAUGUAUAUUUUGAAAAACUCAUUCUUCGUAAUGUUGUCACGAAACAAACACGAAAACUAUGCGCUGGUGCAUGUUUACUACUUGCAGCGAAACUAAAUGAUGUUAAGGGCGAUGUUCUUAAAUCAUUAAUAGAGAGAAUUGAAAAUAUAUUUCGUUUAAAUCGCAAGGAUUUGAUUACGUCUGAAUUUGCUGUUUUGGUGGCCUUAGAGUUUGGUUUACACCUUCCGACAUGGGAAAUAUUUCCGCAUUAUCAAAGAUUGAUAUACGAGUCUUGAUCUUCUUUUAUAUCAUUUCUUUUACGUAGAUCGAGAACAUUUUCAACAUAAAAUCGAAAUUUUCUAAACAAUUACGAAAAGUACAAUGUGCAGAAAUUUUGUAUACAAAAGCAUAUAAAAAUAUAAAGAACAAAAUAAGAAUUUAAAAAUAAAUAAGGAAUAAUAUAUCAGUAACGGUUAAUGAUAUUUUGAUAAAUAAGAAUUAUAUGGAUAAAUUCGAAUACUUUUUCUUACAUAAUUAUUCAGAAGUAAUCGGCUUUGUUAUUAUUAAUCAUUGUAAUUGUUGAAUACUUGAAUCAUUCAUAAUUAAUUUGAUUUCCUAUACAAUUUAUAAUUGAUACAUACACGCAUGAUCAGGCAUCUUUAUAAUAAAUAGUAGCGUUAGGAGAAUGAUGAGUUGACGAUAUUUGAGCAUAAGAGGCUGUAAGAAUUAUAAUCUGCAGUAUGUACUUUUCGCGUUUGAAAAAGUUGAAUAUGUUUAAAUGUGUUCUCUUUUAAGUACUUACUAAAUUGUUUAUUUUUUUCUCUUUUUUAAUAGUAUGGGAUUAUUAUGAAUAGUACUUAAUAUAAUUAAUAAUUCUUUUUUAGAAGUAUAGUAACUUAUACAAAAAUAUGGCGUUAAUUACUUAUAUAAAGCGAAUUAGGUAGUUUCAAAAAGUUAAAUAGAAAAUAUGAUGAAUACAGAUGUUAUAGUCAGCAUGGGUUCUCCAAAUUUUAAGAAAAUGAAUGUAUAUAUUUUAUGAUAUUAUUGAUCUACUUACAAAUUCUUUGAUAUCUGAUGUCAAUUCCUUUUAUUUUAAGAUAUUUUGAUUUUUAAAGACUAUAUGUAGCAUAUAAUAUACAUUUAAUGGUGAUAGAAUCAUUAUUUAUUGAAGAACGGUAUAUAGCUUUCAUUGCAUAGGUAUCAGGCAGCUGAUU